AUGGCUAAGUCAAAGAACAAUGCAAAGAAACUGUCAUACAUCUCAGUUCCUUCUCAAAUAAUCAAUUCCAUUUCAUCAUCUUCUAUUCAAUCCUUACUUGAUCAAACCCCAAAGAAAUCAUCAAAAGCUUCCUCAAAGUUCUUCACCACCUUAACAACAAAAUGGAAAAAGCCAAGACUGUUUCUGUUCUUCACACUCUUUUUACUUGGAGUAUUUUCCAUGUUGAAGUUCGGUUUCAAUCUAGAAAUCCCAUUUCCUCACUACCCUUGUGCUACAAACCCCUCAAUCUCAAAUGGGUUUGACUCAAAAUCUGAACUUGGGUUUGUUUCAAGUAAUAAAAAUGAGAUUUUUAAUGCCGCUCUUUUGUCAAAAUCUGAACUUGGGUCUGUUUCAUUGAAAAAAGAUGAGAUUUUGAAUGAUAAUGGGAUGUUGAAAGAAAUGGGUCAUAGUGGAUUUGACUUGAUGGAUCAGGAAAAGGGUGAGUUUUGGAAGCAGCCAGAUGGGUUAGGGUAUAGGCCUUGUUUGGAUUUCAGCAGAGAUUAUAGAAGAGAUAGUGAUGGGGUUUUGAAGAAUAGGAGAAGGUAUCUUAUGGUGGUUGUUUCUGGUGGGUUGAAUCAGCAGAGGAAUCAAAUUGUUGAUGCUGUUGUCAUUGCUAGGAUUCUUGGUGCUGCUUUGGUUGUUCCUAUAUUGCAAGUUAAUGUCAUUUGGGGAGAUGAAAGUGAAUUUGCUGAUAUAUUUGAUUUUGAGCACUUCAAGAAUGUUCUUGCUAAUGAUGUGAGGGUGGUUUCGUCGUUGCCGUCGACGCACCUGAUGACAAAGCCGGUGGAAGGAAGCCCUCCUCUUCAUGUGACUCCUAGUUGGAUCCGAUCGCGCUAUCUCAGAAGGUUCAAUCGAGAAGGUGUUUUGCUUUUACGCAGCUUGGAUUCAAGGCUAUCGAAGGAUCUUCCUUCGGAUCUUCAGAAGCUUCGAUGCAAGGUUGCUUUUAGUGCGUUGAGGUUUGCAAAACCCGUUCAAGAACUAGGCGAGAAGAUUGCGGAGAGAAUGAAAAGCAAGGGACCCUACCUUGCCCUUCAUCUAAGAAUGGAAAAAGACGUGUGGGUGAGGACCGGUUGUUUACCUGGUCUGAGUCCUGAGUUUGACGAGAUUGUAAAGAGUGAGAGGAUACAACGGCCAGAGCUCUUGACCGGAAGAUCAAACAUGACUUACCAUGAAAGAAAGAUGGCCGGUCUUUGCCCCUUAACGGCCAUGGAUGUUACAAGGUUGCUUAAAGCUUUAGGAGCUCAAAAAGACGCAAGAAUUUAUUGGGCCGGAGGACAACCCUUGGGCGGAAAAGAAGCAUUGCAUCCAUUAAUCCACGAGUUUCCACAUCUUUACAAUAAGGAGGAUCUCGCAUUGCGCGGUGAACUAGAACCAUUUGCAAAGAAAGCUUCUAUAAUGGCUGCCAUAGAUUACAUAGUUUCUGAGAAGAGCGAUGUUUUCAUGCCGUCUCAUGGAGGAAACAUGGGCCAUGCAAUUCAGGGUCACAGAGCUUACGCCGGACACAAGAAAUAUAUAACCCCGAAUAAAAGACAGAUGCUUCCCUAUUUUCUUAAUCCUUCCCUCCCUGAAGCAGAGUUUAACAGCAUUGUCAAAGAAUUGCAUCAGAAUUCAUUAGGACAGCCGGAACUUCGGACUAGUAAGGCCGGAAGAGAUGUCACCAAGUAUCCUGUCCCCGAAUGCAUGUGUAACUCACGUUCAGAUUCGUAA